AGAGGGUUAGUGAUUUGUGCACGCUGCAUAGAAGACGGAAAAGAAAUUUGCAGAUUGAAAAGCACGCAUGAUACUGGAUGUUUAUCAUAAUCAUACACUAUUAUACAUGAUUUUUUGCAGCAUGUUUGGGCAAAACAUCCAGAGGGGUAGCCAAAAAAAAAAAAAAAAAAGCUACUCUUCAGGGACAACACUCAACAACAGCAAUGGAACAAGAUUGAAUACAAAAUAACACUUCCUCGACGAUAUCAUAAGUGGAAUAAGUCCUUACCUUCUUUAAGACACACUGGACACUCACGCCGUCUUUUGCUG